GAACUUAUUAGCGCAUGUGGGCCGCUUUUCUUGCAUCUUCAAUGCAAACCCUCUAUAUGCGGUAUCCGAAUCUGAAGCCACACAUUCGAUCAAUUACUCGUCAACACAAAAUGAAGACUUGGAUUCCAUUCUUAUUAUUCCUGCUUUCCUCCUUUCAUGGGGAGGCCGCAGUUAGGACCGUACUCGACGUCCACGGGAACGGCGUCCAAAGUGGCGUCAAGUAUUACGUCGUCCCGGUGAACAAGACUCAAGGCGGCGGGCUUGAUCUGCUGCCCCCAUCUACUACAUGCUAUAGGAAUGUCGUCGCAGUGCCCACCAAACUGUUAGCGAACGCUGCGUCCUUCUUCCCGGCGGUGGCGCCGAAGAACGGCGUCGUCGUGAACGGAACGGAUCUCAACGUCGAGAUAUUCCCCAGCGGCGCAAACGCCGGCAACUGCUCCAAUGUCUGGACAAUCUCCGGCUCUGAUCCUGAAAACAUCGACAUGGAUCAAUACGUCUUGAGCGGCGGAGUGAAGGGGAACCCGGGCAGCACGACGGCGGUCAACUGGUUCAUGAUUGUGAAGUCGGUCAACGGGUACAAGUUUAUGUUUUGCCCGGUGUCCUUGUGCGACUGCAGCCCGGUGUGCCAAGAUGUUGGCAUAUUCGUCGACAAAGCGGGAAACAGGCUUCUCAAAGUUCAGAGUAGCUUACCCCAUUUGGAGGUGAACUUCAUAAAGGCCUAGCUAGCUACCUGCAAGCUAGCGUGGCGUUCAUUCAUCAUAAAUAAUCUUAUGGAACUGGAUGCUUCAUUUAUGCAUUUUUAUAUGCUAAUAAAAUAAAAUGUCCAGAAAUAUGUGUGGGCAUUUAAAAUUUCUCGACUAAGUCUGAUCAUUAUUGAAACUCUUUUGAAAACCGUCGGGCUAUUCUCAAUCAUAUUGAACCUCUUUCAAGUGUUAUUGGAUUAACGUUGAAUUCUAUUGGAUCGCUCAUGAUAAUCGUUGG